AUGAGAUUAUUUGAGGAUUUCAUCUCAAGGUGGGAGCUCGUAGAUGUGCCAUUAUCGGGGAGAGUUUUUACGUGGUUUAGGGGAGGUGAAAAUAUGGCAGCGCGUAGGUUGGAUAGAAUUUUAAUCUCGUCGGAGAUUGCUUGUCAGUUUCCCCAACUUAUGCAAAUCACAUUACCAAGAAGCAUAUCCGAUCAUAAGCCAGUAAUUCUAAAAGAGGUGACAUUAAAAACGCGCUACAGACCUUUCAAGUGGUUCAGUCACUGGGUAGAGGAUGCUGAACUUUUCGGACUGGUCAAAAAUUUAUGUGAAAACAACCAGGGCAAUGGUGUUGAUCAUGUACUGAGGAUGGUUAAGUCUGUGACCAAGGAAUGGGCGAAAGCAAUUCAGGAGGAGGACCAUGAAUCUGUUCAAAAAAUUGAAGAGAAGAUAGAUUCAUUGGAAAAUUUUUGUUUAUCCAAUGGGAAUAAUGGGGUAGUCCAAUCUGAAAUUUAUGCGUUGAAGGCUAAAUUGUGGGCGUCUUUGAGGCGGGAAGAACCGGAGUGGCUUCAAAAAUCAAGAUUAAGGUGGUUCAAAGACGGCGACAAAAAUACCAAUUUUUUUCAUUUAACAGCUGCAACUGGAGGAAGAAUGAACCAAAAUUUCAGAACUCAAGGUAGAGAACUCGGUAUUAAAGAAACAGAAAGACAUUCAACGAGCCUUUGUCAAUUUCUUCCGAAAAAGCUACAAUGA